AUGUCUACACGGCGUGUCAACUAUGAAGAACUGCCGGAAACGUCAUUUGAAGAUAUGGAUACUACUUUUACAAAAGGUUUCGCUCCAAAAAGAUCAGCGAUUGACCGAACUUCCCCAGUUAGGCGACAUCGCAAUAGUAUAAUACCUACACCUUCUUCUACAACAAGUUCUGAUGGGACCAUCUUUUCCGAUAACAAGGGUAUUUAUAGACUAAACAGUAAGACAGAUGAAGAAGGGGAAGAGGAUGAAGAAGAUUUUUUGGAUGACUUUCAAGAGUUUCGGAGUCGAAAGGGUGACUUUGAUGAUGCAUUUCAAAGCUAUUUCAAAGUGCAAAACGAGCGCUCUGCAGAUCGGAAGGGUUCAACAGUACGCAAUGCGAACUUAAAGGUGUCUGAUUUAGCUGCAGACUUUGAGCGAAAAUUAAAUCUUGAUAGCAGCAGGUUAAGACGACCUCAGGCUCUUAGACAGCCGAGAUCUAUGAUGAACUUGAGUACGCACUCCAGACACAACAAUAGCAAUGGAGCAGUUAGGUCAUCCAACGGAAACUCCGUGCCCAGUAGUAUUUCUACUGGCGAUCUUAGAGUCAAAUCUAACGGGGCAGUCAGAUUUAAGAAAUCAAUGCCAACCUUAUCGAAUUAUAAUCCUAUUAUAGAGGAAGAAGAAGAGGAGGCUGAGGACGACGAGGAGGAUGAAGAAGAAGAGGAGGGAAACGAAGAUGAUAUAACUUUUAAGCGUGGUAAUAUUUACCCCACACAUGACUACCUGAAUCACUUCAUGGAAAUCGGUGAAGAAGAGAAUGAAGAUGGAUUCAUAUUUGACGAAAGCUUAAUCAAACCUCAGUUUUUAAGUAAAACCUUUGAAGCGUCACCGCUUAAGCUUUCGCCGUCACAGUACGACAUUAUACGUGAUGAUGCUCUUCUAACACCAAAAUUGCACAAAAGACAUAAGGAUUGGAAUAAUCGUCACCAAUUGGACUCUUUCAAAGAGCGCAGCAAAAACAACGUACGUCGCAAACUCACGAAGACAAACUCAGCAGCUUCUCGAAUCAGAAUUAUCAAGCAAGAAAUAGAUCACAAUACUCCUAUAAAAAAUGGCAAAAUGUAUUAUAAUCCAAAGACCAUGAAGUGGGAGGGGAAUGAACAAAUUUUAGACCGCUUUAGAAAACUUGAAUCCAUUGACAAAAAGCCGCUGCUCAUCAAGACAAAAUCACAACCUAUUGACGUCGCCUCAGCUGGCGAUUAUACGAACGAGUCAAAGUUCAAGACUGAGAAAUCAAAUCUUCAACCGAAGAAAAGCUUCACAAACAGUAAAAUUGUCGGUAAAAUGAUGUUUGAUGAAGAUAACUUGCGUUGGGUUAGCGUGCACGGCAGCGAAGGAGAGGAAGAUCCAUUUGCUGGCAUAGCUGAUGUUUUACCAGCAGGCCAAGCUUCACCGAAUGGUACACUGAAAUCAAGGCAACACGUUUCCCCAUUUAUCAGGUCACAGAGCCAGCUGCUGCCGUCCUCACAAGAAAGAUCAAACUCCCAAGGCACCACGCGAUAUCAUUCCGUAGGCCUCACCAGUAACAGAGAUGCAGAACCAAACAGCAUCAAUUCUACGUUUCAGCUAAAUUCAAAACUCUUGGAGAAAUUCUGUCAUGAAGAAAACAGGUGGAACAGAAAGGUCAGUGGUUGGUUCAUAAUCGGGGACAAAGAUCCUGAGAAGAUUACGUUAAAGGAGCGAGACAAAGCGCAUAAGCACAACAAUUACAUGUAUGAGAUAAGAAACAUGGUCAUCAGCUCUACAAGAAGUUAG